UCUUAGAUGGCAGAAGCAUGUCUGCCCUACACGGUGAUCUACGCGUCCACCCCUCCCUGGGCAGCCGGCCCCGCCCACCCGGGGGCACGUGAGGCAGGGGGCGGAAGCGGAAGCGGAAGUGGCGCCAUCUUGCCGUUCCCAGCGAAGUGGGGCUUGGAAGGGUCAGUUCCGAUCCGAGCCGCGAUAAAAGCAGAGCGGCGGCGCUUGCCCGGGGUGUCAGCGAUCAGGCCGCACGGCAGCGGGGACCGCUGGGCUCCGUCACGCCCGAGGGGAGAGGAGUGGAUGUCGCGUCCCGCCCGUCCCGCCGCCCCCCUGUGGAUCUUCUCGCUCCUGACGCGCGGCUCCAUGGCGCAGCGCGGCUGAGGCGCCCGGCGGGGACAGGGUUUGGUGACUUCAAUUGCUUGGUUCCGGGACCAAUGUCGUCGAGGCGAGAGGCCGGCAGACAGGGACACAGCGAUCCGUAAACGCGUGGAGAGAGAGAGAGCGAGCGAGACAGACUGCGAGCUUCGACUUUCACAGACAGAGGCAAGGACAGACGGACAGGUGGUUGCCAUGUCGACCUCAUCGCUACGGCGACAAGUGAAAAACAUUGUGCACAACUACUCUGAGGCCGAGAUCAAGGUGCGCGAGGCGACCUCCAACGACCCCUGGGGCCCCUCCAGCUCCCUGAUGUCGGAGAUCGCCGACCUGACCUACAACGUGGUGGCCUUCUCGGAGAUCAUGAGCAUGGUCUGGAAGAGGCUCAACGACCACGGCAAGAACUGGCGCCACGUCUACAAGGCCAUGACCCUGAUGGAGUACCUGAUCAAGACGGGCUCGGAGCGCGUGGCCCAGCAGUGCCGGGAGAACAUCUACGCCGUGCAGACGCUGAAGGACUUCCAGUACGUGGACCGCGACGGCAAGGACCAGGGCGUGAACGUGCGCGAGAAGGCCAAGCAGCUGGUGGCGCUGCUCAAGGACGAGGAGCGCCUGCGCGAGGAGCGGGUCCACGCCCUCAAGACCAAGGAGAAGAUGGCCCAGACCUCCAGCGCGUCCUCUGCUCCCUCUGCGCCAGGCCUUGGGGGCGGGCCCUCCCUGGGCCCCGCCCCCCCAGGCCCCGGAGGCGGGGCCGAUCCCGAGCAGGCGUGGCCUCAGAGCUCGGGGGAGGAGGAUCUGCAGCUCCAGCUGGCCCUGGCCAUGAGCAAGGAGGAGGCCGAGCAGGUAGACUACACUUCCCAUGGUGCUUUUCUGUGUCGGCGGGGUCAGGUUCCCUUGGGUCUUCAGGCUUCCAGGACACCGAGACCUAACAGGGAGUAUCAGUCGGGCCCCGCGUGUGGCCCCGAGGACAUGCAGCUGGAGGUGGCUUUCUCCCUCAGCAGGGAGGCGCACCUGAAGGUCAGGGGUCGCGGGGAGAGUCCUGAUGACGGGCUGCAGAUCCCGGAGCGGAUCGGUCUGCUGCGCACCGGGACUGCGCCCCCUGCCGCCGCCGACCCCUGGGGGGCUCCGGCUGCUCCUCUGCCGGCCCCCGCGGACCCCUGGGGCGACUCGACGCGAGCCAGCGCUGACCCCUGGGGCUCUGCCGCUGUGACGCCUCCCAGCAGUGACCCCUGGGCUGCUGUGGCCCCCACAACGGCCUCGGGGUCAACUGACCCCUGGGGGGGGAAUGGGGUCACCACUUCCACCCAGCCCUCUGACAUCACAGCCACCGACCCGUGGGGCGCUCAGAAACUCACGACCAACGGCACUGCUGAGCUGGAGCUUAGCGAGAACUCUGAGCAAAGAGGAGGCGGUGCAGGAGAGUCGGGGUCCCCCGUGCCCUUUGACCUCUCGUCUCUGGGAUCAUCACUACCUGUCAGGAAGACACCGGAGUCCUUUCUUGGACCGAAUGCCGCGCUGGUGGACCUGGACUCGCUGGUGUCGUCCAAACCCAAACCAGCUGGAACCCACAAUCCCUUCCUCCAGACACAAGGCCCUGCUACAGGAGGGUCCACCUCCGGCCCGGGCAGUACCAUUCCCAGCCGAGGGGUGUCCCCCACUCCCCCUCCGACUUCCAACCCCUUUGGUUCAGCCCCGCUCGCCUCUGUCUCCCCCCAGCCUUCCAGCCUGGGGCUGAGUCAGCUGCGCACCAGCCCUGUUCCCCCCGGAGCCGUGAUCCUGGGGACCCCUGGCCACCCCGGAUUGGGAAUGGUGCAGCCCCCGUUACCGGCGAUGGCAGUGCAGCUGCCCCCCCCGCAAAUGGGAUUAGGGAUGGUUCAGUCCAGUCCCAUGGGGAUGCCCUAUGGCGGGGUGUCCCCCAUGGCUCCUCCGGGAGCUACCAUAUUGAUGGGCGCAGGGGUGGCUGCCCAGCCACAGCUGAUCUUGGGAGGCGGAGGCGUGGGAGGAGGGGGGGGUCUGGGGUCGGGGGUCGGUGGAGGGGUGGGCGGGACAGGGGGCGGGACCACAGGAGGAAGCACCAAUCCCUUUCUUCUCUGAAGCUCCCCCUGGCCAAUCGGAGCUGCCUCCAGGGCCACACGUCCGCGUCUGUGUUCAAAAAGUCAGAGCAAAAUGGAUUUGUCUCUUUGUUUUGUUUUCCAGAGAGGAAACAUUUUUUUGGGGGGGUUUCUGGGAGAAUUGGGAGGGAGGGAAAGGAGGAUUUUGUGAGCAGUUAUUUAUUCACUGUUUUUUUUUUUUUUAAGUGUGUGUGUGUUUCAGUAGCAGACAGGGACUGACUGCCAGCAUUAACACUGCACUGAGGGAGAGACGCCGUACUGAACCACUAACUCACUAAUUAUUCAGUGCAGCAGGUCUAUCACACAGGGACUGUCUGUUCUCUCCUGUGUCACUGUGUCUCUGUUCUCUGUGAUCUCCUCUCUCUCACUGUGUCUCCUGUCCUGUUGUGUAUCACUGAGUGAUCCUCUGUGAUCUCCUCUCGAGUUCAUGGACAGUAGCACAGUGGACACAGUAAUAACGGCCUGUUGUAAACAAGUGAGCGCAGAGCCAGUGGACUCUGGGGAUGUAGAAAUUGGCACUUUCAAGGAAAAUGUCUGAGCGAGUGAUGACUAAAAAGAGACCGAGACACACACACACACUCACGCCUGGUGUUCAAAAGGUGUAAUUGCAGCCUGAUUUCCUGUUUUUUUUUUAUUUUUAUUGUGGCGUGGGAUCAAAAUUUAAAUAUUUAAGUUACAGAAUUAUCUGUUUAACAGAGAUUUGAAAAGAGAGAAAAAAUAUAUAUCUGUUAAUUGUGAAAAUCAAAGUGUUUUUUUUUAAUUUCGUGUGUUUGUCUCGCCCCGUGCCGAGCUGUAAGGGAUGGGGGGUGGGGUCAGAGGUCAGGGGUCGGACAGGGGUCGUGGGCGCGUCUGGAAAUCGCAGUCGCGUGUUCUGCGUGUGGCGGGAUGCGUUUCGUUUCCGGGCCUUGGAGUUUCCGUAGUGCAUUGGCUCAUUCGCCGAUUCCCGUUCUAAGGGUGGCGGUGGGGGAUGAGGUGUAUCCCCUGUGUUUCGGGUGCAGCUGGGCGAGAGGGCAGCCAGGGCGCGGGGCGGUGUGAGCCCUCCUUCUCGGCGAUAACGCAGCAACAGCUGGGCGCGUCCCGGCUGGGGGAGGGGGUCCGUUUCGUUUUCAGAACCUGGUGCGUUUCGGGCCCGAGCAGACAGCGGGGGCUCUUCCUCGCCGGCAUGCUGUCGCUGCGAGUAGGCACCCUUGUCGUGGUCCCUCUGUGCUCUGUUGGGUUCCUCAGUGCUGGGAUGAUGGUAUGAUUCCUCCCCCGGUGUUCAGGAGGGCCUCAGUAUUCCCUAGCUCGGGGUGACGGACCGCUGUGUCGAGGGGGGGUCACCCAUCCGACUCCCGUCUCCCAGCAGCCCUUGUGCGGGGUUCCCGUUCUGCUCUGAGUGGGGGCGUGUCCUUGGGCGGGGCUUCUGUUGUGAUCUCAGGGGGGCGUGUCCUUGGGCGGGGCUUCUGCUGUGAUCUCAGGGGGGCGUGUCCUUGGGCGGGGCUUCUGGUGUGAUCGGAGGGGGCGUGUCCUUGGGCGGGGCUUCUGGUGUGAUCGGAGGGGGCGUGUCCGUGGGCGGGGCUUCUGGUGUGAUCUCAGGGGGGCGUGUCCGUGGGCGGGGCUUCUGGUGUGAUCUCAGGGGGGCGUGUCCUUGGGCGGGGCUUCUGUUGUGAUCUCAGGGGGCGUGUCCUUGGGCGGGGCUUCUGUUGUGAUCUCAGGGGGCGUGUCCUCGGGAGGGGGUUCUCCCCUGUUCUGCUCUGCCCUGCCCUGGGUGGGUGCGGAGGUACCAGUGCCCCCCCAGUCCUGGUCCCAGGCUGACGGAGGCGGGAGGGAUUGUGGGUCGUUUGUGUAAUCCGAGGGAUCUGGCGCCGGGUGACCGAGAUAUACCCAAAUACAUUUCAGAUGAUCCUUUUAAGAAAAUAUAGUCUUAUAGUAACGUUAAAAAUGAACUGGGGGAAAUGAAAUGCUUUGUAACUCAAGUGCUGGUUUAUAGUUCUCUGCUCUGUCCUGUUCUGUCCUCUCUCUCUUUUCUGUGUCUCCUGUCCUGCUGUCUGUUUGUUACCGAGGGGUUCUCUGAUCUCCUUUCACUGUGUCUCCUAUCCUGAUAUGUGCGUUUCUUACUGAGGGAUUCUCCGUGAUCUCCUCUCUUUCACUGUGUCUCCUGUCUUGUGAUUAUUACUACUCCUGUCCCCUCCGUGAGAGCGCUUUCUCUCUCGCACGAGAGGACAGGAGGCACAGUGAGACAUACCCAGAGCAGAGAUGUGUAACUUGUGCUUCGUCUGUCGGGAGCCGAAUGACUCGUGGGCUGCAAGAGAAGAAAACGAUCUGUGAUUUUUAUUUUUAAUUUGUUUUGAUUUUUUUUGUAUUAUUAAAAUAUUGCUUUUAUGGAAAUGCUCAAUUUCUGUGUUGUACAUGUGAACAUGCACAUUUUAAAAUAAAUUAAAUUAAUCUGUUAAGUGGA